UCUUUCCUUCCGUGCUCGGCAAGAACCGCGUUGUCCAUUCACUAACUUACGUCCCAUCCUUCCCCCGUUAUAAGAACCUCCCACAAUGGAGGCCCUUUCUUCCCGCCAGCUUCUCACAAGCGCGCCGUCCCUUCGCUCCUAUACUUCCUCCCGCGAUACAGUCACAGUUCGACCAACCUCAAUCCCCGUACUCCCAUUACGCACCCGCGCAGUCACUGCCACCGCCAGCAGCAGCGGGGGGAAACCCCGCCAAGUGCGCAAUGCCGCUCCGCCCUCCGCCGUUCCGCAAUCCGCGGAGUCGCGCGCGCCGCAGGCGGGGGCUGCGGGGGCCGCGGGGGCGGAGGAGGAGGAGCCGCUCCCCCUGUCGCAUCUCUCCGCCAUCUCCCCCGUCGACGGGCGCUACGGGCGGCUGCUCGCGCUGCAGCGGCUGCGGCGGAUCUUCAGCGAAUACGGACUCAUUCGAUUCCGCGUUCUUGUGGAGGUGCGGUGGCUGCAACAGCUGUCGCGCAUGCCAGAGGUGGCGGAGGUUCCGCCGCUCUCCCCCCAGGCGCAUGCUGACCUGGACGCUGUCGUGGCAGGGUUCAGCGAGGCGGAUGCGAGGGAGGUGAAGCGAGUGGAGGCAGUGACGAACCACGAUGUGAAGGCCGUCGAGUACUUCCUCAAGGACAGGUUCAAGGCGCACCCCGAGAUCGCCCCGAUCCUGGAGUUCUUCCACUUCGCGUGCACGUCCGAGGACAUCAACAACCUCUCGCACGGGCUCAUGCUGUCAGCCGCCGUGCAGGGCGAGGUGCUGCCCGCCAUGGACGGGCUCAUCUCGACCCUUAAGGAGAUGGCGCACACCUAUGCCGACCAGCCCAUGCUGUCGCGCACCCACGGCCAGACCGCCUCCCCCACAACGGUCGGCAAGGAGCUGGCCGUCUUCGCCGCCCGGCUGCAAACCCAGCGAGAUCAGAUCUCCGCCGUCCACAUCCUGGGCAAGAUGGCCGGCGCGGUCGGCAACUACAACGCGCACGUGGCGGCAUACCCGGACGCCGAUUGGUCGGCCGUUGCAGAGGAGUUUGUAACUGGGCUGGGGUUACGGCUGAACCCGUAUGUGACGCAGAUCGAGCCACAUGACUACGUGGCGGAGCUGUUUGACGCCGUGUGCCGCUUCAACACCAUCCUCAUCGACCUCGACCGGGAUUUGUGGGGCUACAUCUCCCUGGGCUACUUCCGACAGCGCCCAGUGAAGGGCGAGAUCGGGUCGUCCACCAUGCCCCACAAGGUGAACCCCAUCGACUUUGAGAACAGCGAGGGCAACCUGGGACUCGCCAACGCCAUCAUGGGGCACCUCUCAGCCAAGCUGCCCAUCUCCCGCUGGCAGAGGGAUCUCACCGACUCAACCGUCCUCCGCAACCUGGGCGUGGGGCUGGCGCACUCGCUCAUUUCCUACAGCAGCACGGCCAAGGGGCUGAGGAAGCUGGAUCUGGAUGCGGUGAAGAUCGAGGCGGACCUCAACGACGCGUGGGAGGUGCUGGCAGAGCCCAUUCAGACCGUGAUGCGGCGCUAUGGAGUUCCCAAUGCCUAUGAACGCCUCAAGGAGGCGACGAGGGGGAGGUCGGUGUCGCAAUCCGAUCUGAUUGCGCUCAUCGAUUCGCUGGAGGGCGAGGUGCCCAAUGAGGCGCAGCAGCAGAUGAGACAAAUGACGCCGGCCAGCUACGUGGGGCUUGCUGCCAGGCUGGCAAAGGAGGUGUAGACAUGGCCAAGCUGGUUUUCCUAUCAGUAGAAAACCUGUUGCAUGCACAUGAAUGGAAUUCUAAGACUACACUGGGGGGGAGGGGUGGGGGGUGGGGAGUGGGGAGGGGGGGGUGGGGGAGGGUAUGCAUGCACUUCGUGAUGUCCAGAAGCUAAGGAGGGCGGUGCCAUUGUGCAAUUCUGUUAUGUUAGAGCUGGUAAGGAAAUGCAGUAGAUGGUCUCUCUGGUUUGGUUUGAGUGGGGACUUAUGAGUGUAAUCGUGUUCAUAAUCAAUGCACAUGAUCGAU